AUCUCUUUAUUGACAAUAUGGCGGCCCGUUCUAGCUAAAGAGGAAGAAGGAAGUCUGUACUGUAGCAGUCUGCGGCUUCUGGAUUAAUUAUGCCUAACAGCUUGUAUGGUUAACGAGACAAGUAAGCUAUGAAUGAAGGGAGUUUGGAAUUCACGGGAUGCGUUCACUAAGCUGAGGGACAAAAUCAGAGCACGAAAACAACCAUGUCGUUUUUUCGGAGGAAAGCAAAAGGCAAGGAAAAUGAGAGAUCGGCUGAUAUAAGAACCAGCAGAGCCUGCGUUUCCCCCACCUCUGUAGCACCUCCGUCCCCUUCUGGUGGCCGCAAUCACCAUGCCAUCCUGGAGGCGGCGGGACCCAGCCACGUGGCUAUCAACGCCAUCUCGGCUAACAUGGACUCCUUCGCACGUGGGCGUACCGCCAUCCUCAAGAAGCAGCCGAGCCACAUGGAGGCAGCGCACUUUGGCGACUUGGGGCGUUCCAGUGUCAAUUACCAGGCCCAGGAGACGCGGUCGCGGCUGUCCAAGACUGUGGAGCAGAUCCUGCGAGACAACAUGGCCAUCCCAUACUUCAUGCAGUUCAUGGAGACGCACCUCGCUGACCAUCUGGUCAAGUUCUGGCUAGAGGCCGAGAGUUUCCGCUCCACCAGCUGGACCCGGGUGAGAGCCCAUAGCCUGAACUCCAUUAAGCACAGCUCGCUGGCGGAGCCUGCAUCACCGUCUGCCAAGAGGCCCGGCAGCGAUGACUCGCCCGAGGGGGCACCAUGGGCGCAGGGGACCGCCCCUCUGAACACAAACUGCCACAGCCCCAGGCAGAUGUUCCGCAACCCCUCCUCGGACUCUGAUGGGGGGAAGGGAUGUGAUCUUCAGGGCCACCCCAGGCCAGACACACCGUCCAGGCAGCCAUCCUCCCGAACAGGGACACCGUUCAAAACGCAGCCUGGGAGUGCGCUCAAGGAUCUCUCUGAAAAACUCAUGAAAAGCAUAGAGAAGGAUGCGGUGAACAUUUUCACCAAGUACAUCUCACCUGACGCCACUCGCCCCAUUCCCAUAACGGAAUCAAUGAGGAACGACAUAGUCGCGAAGAUCUGCGGCGAAGAUGGCCAGGUGGAUCCCAACUGCUUUGUGAUCGCACAGUCCAUGGUCUUUGGGAUCAUGGAAGAACAGCACUUUAGCGAAUUCUUGCGGAGUCAUCAUUUCUGUAAGUACCAGAUCGAAGUAUUGACGAGUGGCACAGUCUUCCUGGCGGACAUCCUGUUCUGCGAGUCGGCUCUCUUCUACUUCUCGGAGUACAUGGAGAAGGAGGAGGCAGUGAACAUCCUGCAGUUCUGGCUGGCGGCUGAUAACUUCCAGGAUCAGCUGGCAUCUAAAAAGGGCCAGUAUGAUGGGCAAGAGGCACAAAACGAUGCCAUGAUCCUCUACGACAAGUAUUUCUCACUUCAAGCCACGAACCCGCUGGGCUUUGAUGACUCCGUUCGGUUAGAGAUUGAGUCCAAUAUUUGCCGGGAGGGCGGCCCCCUGCCCGACUGCUUCACCACUCCACUGCGGCAGGCGUGGACCACCAUGGAAAAGGUCUUCCUGCCAGGCUUCCUGUGCAGUAAUCUCUACUACAAAUACCUGAAUGACUUGAUUAACUCUGUGAAAGGAGACGAGUUUUUUGGGGGGAGCGUGCUGCCCACUGGGCAAGGCGGUGCCCUCGAAGGGGACCGUGCUGUGGGUGGAUCCGAAGGACCACAGUCCCAGCAGGGAGCCAAAAAAGCAGCGGUUAAAAUCCUGAAAAACUUCGAUGAGGCGAUAACGGUGGACAUUGCCAGCCUGGACCCGGAGUCGCUGUACCAGCGGCCCUAUGCUGGUAGGAUGACCUUCGGGAAGGUCAACGAGCUCGGCCAGUUCAUCAGGGAGGCUGAACCAGAACCAGACGUGAAGAAAUCUAAAGGUUCUAUGUUCUCCCAAGCAAUGAAGAAAUGGGUGCAAGGAAACUCGGACGAGGCUCAGGAGGAGAUGGCCUGGAAGAUCGCCAAGAUGAUUGUGAACGACGUGAUGCACCAGGCAGACUAUGAAAGCCCUUACGUGAAGUCGACUAAGGUAUCGCCUUUCCACGCCGUCCCUGAAAUGACACCGAGCUAUGACGUUCCUGACCUACCAAAGGACACUCCGCCCCCCCUCUAAAACCCGGACGGCGAUGAACUGCACAUUGCAUUUAACCGACGUUAACUGUAUUUUAUUUUAAAAUGAAGAGUAAACGAGGCAUUCCCUGACUUCUUGCAUCAUGCUGUGCGUGUGAAGUUACAAAGUGUGCCCCCCUCUCCGCCCGACCCCACCAGCCCUGGCUCAAACACUAUGAAGACUUUUCAUUGUAUAACGUGGGGAAAGUGCAGAAGUAGCGCGAAGAAUGGGAGCGUCGAGACUCGCUGCAGGGCACUCCGUCUCCAUCAGAAGAUCUUCCAGGAAGAAACGAAGGACUCCUCUGAGUCUGCUUUGAAGAUGACUCUGACCGUUUCACUCCUCCGUAUUCCCGUUACCUUUUUUGUUUUAAGAAGACUAUUUUUUAAAGCAUUUUAAAGGAGGCGCCGUCGCUCUAUGAGUUUCUUUACGGUUUAGCUCUGUACAGUUUUAAUUAGAGGCGAUCCCUGUGUGUAUUUUAAGUAUCCACAUUGCGAGUUCGCCCCCCCCCUUUCUGCAGCCACCGUAUAAGCGUCACUAUCAUUUACAGUGUUCCCCAACCGCAUCUGGAGCAAAGAACUGUAAUUGCUGCAAACUCCCUACACAUUUCAUGUGGUUCCCUGGUCAACUCCACAUUUUGAAUGUUCCUGUUUUUCCACACUCGUUAUUUUCAUAUAUGUCCAAGAAUUUCUUUACACGUCUGUGAAAUGUUUCAUGGUAUAGUAAGCUUGGUCGAUAUGGUAAUACUAUGAAACACGUUGAUAUCUAAACGCAGAGAGAAGUCUUUUUUUUGGUACUAUGUACCGCCGAUAUGUUUUCUGAUGUAUAUGUGUACUUAAUCUAUAAUAUAUUUAAGUUGUGUUUGAUUUAAAAUACAUACUGUUGAAAUGUU